GCCGUUCCUCCCCGCUAUCUCAGGCUGUCUUGCCCUGGGACUGAGAUCUAAGGUCCCACUACCGUCCAGGGGCAGUUUCAGAAGCCCUCUUUACGGAGGCGUUUUCUUUCUAGUUCCCCUAGUGCUGGCCGUUGCAGGCCCAGGGUCCUGGCCCAGAUCCAGUUCUCUAGCCAGCUAUGUCUAAGAAAGGGAAAAAGGCCAAGACGCCCCUGUCGGAGGAGGAGCAGAUGCUUCUGUAUCAGCAGAAGUUGCUGGCAGAGGAGGAGACGGCCAAGAAGAAGGAAAGGCUCCUGAGCCAGUUCUUGAAGGACAAGCUGGCCAAGGAGGAGCACAACAGUGCUCUGAACCUUAAUAAGAUCAAUACACAGUGGAGAACUGUUCUUCGAGAAGUUAAGACCAGAGAGCUCCUUAAGGACAUUGAGAUCCUCAGCCAAACAUUUGAACGAGUGGUGGACUGCAAGGACAAUGUCAUCAAGUCUCUAGCUAAGGACCUGUCAGAGGCCGAGGAGCAGUACGCCCACGCCCUGCGCAACCACUUGCACAACAUUGACCAGCUGCUGGCGCUGCAGAGAUACCGACUCAGUGUCUUGGAGGAAAAUUACAACAUGGAACUGGAGACCCUGACCAAGGAGUUUGAAACUGAAAGGAAGACAAUUAUUGACCAACAUGAAAACGAGAUUCACUACCUACAAGAAGUCUUCAUGGCCAUGGAGCAGAACUAUGUAGAUGCCGAGUACGAAAGCAAGCUGGAGUUCCAGAGCAUGUGGGAUGAUCUCAAAAACAAGAAUUUAGAAGAGAAGCACUUUCUAAGACUGCAGCUAGAGAAUGUAGUAGAAGAUCUGUGGAGAAGGUUCCAGAGUGCACUCAAGAAUUACACUGAUGCCACAGAGGAUCAAAAGAUUGCCUUCGAGACCCUGAAGAUGAAGGACGAGAAGAGCUCCAAAGAGAUUGAAGUGCAGAUGAAAAAAAUACAGAAACUACAGGAUUCUGUAAUUGUUUUAAAAGGCAAGAUCAUGGCACACAGCCGUGAGAGUGACGAACAGAACCAGUGCGUUCGUGAUGACAAGGAGUUGGUCCUUGUACAACUGCGAAAACUUAAGGCCCAAAGGACCCAGGGCCGGGAAAUAGCACAGGAGAACUUAGUCAAUCUCACUUUGGAGAGUAAUGCCACCCUCAAAGCCCUGAGGAAGAUUGUCAGUAAGGGUGAAAAGAUCCUUAAACUUGCUGAAAUAUGUAGGAAAUUUGAAACAGAAGAAGAAAAAGUGCUGCCUUUCUAUUCAUCAACAUUGACUCCUGAGGAGCAGAAGGAGAUAGAGGAGACUGGCCCGGAGGAGGUCACCGAGGAGCUGGCAAAGGUGAUAGCAGACUACAGAGGGUUGGAGAAUUUCUGGAAAAGGUACAACAAAGUGAAACUGGAGCAACUGAGCCUCCAACACAGACACGCCCAACUGUCAGACAUCAAUGGGAAGCUGCGGGAAAUGCUCAAGCAGUACUUGGAUGGCAUCUCAGUGAGUGAUGAAGUGCUGAGCCAGCUCAACCCACUCUUCAUCGUCAACCACCGAAGCAACUUGCCCCAGCCCUUGUCCACACCUACAGGCCAGACAGGUGACAAAAAACCUGCAACCACUUACAACAUCAUUGAAGCAGCCCAUGUGGUCUCCCACAUCUUGUGAUACAAGGAGAAAAAUCUCUUUUCAAUCUCCAGAGAAUUUUUUGAGAUAUCUGAGGACUUUGCUAUUAAA